CUAGACCUCUUCACACAUCGCUGCUUAUAAAACUAUAAAUAAACCGAUUCUGACUCAAUAACAACUGUGUUGUUCGUAUCAGCUUUUGUUUCUUGGUGUUUUAUUCUUCCUCUCCCAUUCAUACAGUCCUUCUAUUGGUUAAUCAGCACUGUUAACUGAAUUUUCAACUCGGAACACGCACUCUUAAUCUUCGGUAUUAAAUUGACGAACAGUUCCUAAAUUAUGACGAUGGCAUCAGUUCGCAUGUUUUGGAGUUUGUUACUUGUUAUGUCAACUUUAGCCCUCGCCAAAGGUUCCUUAGAGUUCAAAGAUUGUGGCAGUAAUCAGGCUACCAUAAAUACCAUAAAUGUCUCCAACUGUACCAAAUUACCAUGUCAGAUUAAACGUGGAAGUAUAAUGCAUUUAAAUGUAUCCUUCACACCAAAAGUUACAAUAAACUCUGCCACAGUUAAAGUGUAUGGAAUUAUAAACGGCAUUAAUAUACCAUUCCCUGUAUCUCCAGCAGAUGCUUGUAAGGACAGUGGCCUUCACUGUCCAUUAAGUCCUGGGAUAACUGCUAACUACCAUUAUAGCAUGCAUGUUUUACCUUCAUAUCCAUCUUUAUUGGUCAUCAUCAAAUGGUUGGUUAUGCAAGAACAAGCAUUUGUUUUCUGCUUUGAAAUCAGUGCUCUGCUAGUUUAACUUUGAUGUGUAGUUACCUUACUGCAUUUAUAGUGAAUGAGAUAAAUAAAUGGAAAAAAUUAUCUGCUUUUUUUAAUAAAUUAUUUCUCGAA